AUGUCGCUCGAUAGUAUCAAAAUCCCCGAGCACCUCAUCCACAAGUAUUUAUUCAUGAAGAAUUACGAAGACGUUCACAUUGAUGGAGUGAAGGUCCUAGACGUCACCAACGAGGGAGAGGGUCUAGCCAUUAUACCGAGGCAAAGGUACGAUAGUGAUGCUUCUGAGAACGACUUCACGGUUGUUACAAUCCCAAAAACAGUUCCUGGAGAUAUUGUGACAGUUUCAUUAAGAAGGCACCACAUGUUUUUUGCAGAAGCCGAACUCAUACUGGUGUCGAGGAAAUCACGAAAGCAGAGCAGGAGGAAUGACAGGCUCGUUGUUUGUAAGCAUUUCAGCAAGUGCUCUGGUUGCCAACUUCAGAUGUUGAGCUACGAAGACCAGCUUCAGUUUAAGAAGGGAACCAUCGAGAAGGCCUACCGUUACUUCUUUCCACAGAUCUUCGAUAAUCCUCCUUCAAAUUUUGCAGAAGUCAUGCCCUCUCCCAUGCAAUUCGCCUACCGUACAAAGCUCACACCCCACGCCCAGAUACCCAAAGAUCUCAGAGCGGAUGAUCUACCACUUCCAGUUGGUUUUCUCGAUGUUAGAGCAAUGCAACCUGUUUUGGAUAUUGAUUCAUGCGCAAAGGUGCGUUUCAACGAAGACCUAGUGGAGCUCAUUGACGGUUCAAAGAAGAAGGUGGAUCCCACGUUCGUUCUUCGUCUGAGCAUCAGGAUUGACCACAACACGGGUGAAUUUGAGGAUGUCUGUCUCACUAAGAGAAAGAAUGUGGUCACUGAGAAAGUUGAUGAGUAUGUGUUUCAGUUGGAGGCCAACGAGUUUUUCCAAAACAACCGCAGCAUUCUUCCUAUUCUUCUCGACUACAUCAAAUGCAAUGUCAAGAACAUCGAUUAUAACUAUAUCGUUGAUGCGUACUGCGGAUGUGGUUUCCUUGGAAUAGGCCUCUCAUCAACGCUUCCAGAUGAAGGCAAACUCUUUGGUAUCGAAAUAGCACUGAAAGCCAUCAAGUACGCUGCUCAUAACGCCAAAAUCAACGGCUUGCACAUUCCAACUAAGGCUGUUUUCGUGGAAGGAAAUUCUGACGAAAUGUUCAAGAUGAAGGAAUUUGCUGAGUGUGGAGCAGUUGGCGAAGAGGCACUUGUGUUGAUGAACCCUUCUCGUAAGGGAUCAACUCCAGCAUUCAUGAAACAGCUUCUUGAAUUUCGGCCAAAGGCAAUUGUAUACAUCAGCUGCAACCCUUUCACCCAGGCCCGAGACUUGGCUGACUUUGAAGCGCUUCAACGUCGUUCUACCACUAAAUACCGCAUCAAAGCGCUUACUGGAUUCGACUUUUAUCCUCAAACCAAGCAUGUCGAAUCGGUUGCGAUUCUCGAACUUAUCGAGUAA